AUGUACACCAGCCGCAUUCAAUUCGCAGAAUUCGGGUGUAUCACCUCGGUGAGUUUCGGACUGGAGUUUUUUCGUGUUGCAGUCAGUUGGAGUGGUUGCCACGCACCGAAUCAUAAGUCUUACAACCUAUUUCGUUUGGCAGGUAUUAGUGGGGUGGGACUUGGGACCAACCAGCUCAGGUGUCCUGCGCAAAGUUGGAGACCUCUGAGUGACUCAAAACGAUGCCACACGGCGUCGCUGAUGGCGGUGCAGCGAAGACCUGCAGAUCGUGCCAAGAAUCACAAGCUUUUGAUGGGCCGGGUUUGGUGCUGA